GACCGCUUCUCCUCGAGGACCCUUCACUCGAUCAUCCUUUCUCUCAUCCAGCUUGUUUUUGACUUUGAUCGACUUCUGGCAGAAUGGUCAAGACUCCUUUGGUCAAGCUCGAGCCUACAGGCCAACAGAUGCCCUUGGUUGGAUUGGGAUUAUGGCAGAUUCCCAAAGACCGAUGUGCGGAUGCCGUUUACGAAGCGAUUAAAGCGGGAUACAGGUUGUUAGAUGGUGCUGGAGAUUAUGGGAAUGAGCGAGAAGCUGGUCAAGGUGUCCAGAAAGCUAUCGACGAAGGACUUGUCAAACGAGAAGACCUCUUCAUCACUUCCAAGCUGUGGUCAAAUUUCCACGCCGAAGAUAAGGUCGAACCCGCAUGCCAAAUGUCUCUUGAUUUAUGGGGUUUAGACUACUUUGAUCUAUACCAUAUCCAUUUCCCGAUCGCCGUCAAAUAUGUCGAUCCGAAAGUCCGUUAUCCUCCCGGAUGGUCUUAUGAUGGAAAAGGAACCAUUAUCCUGGAGGACGCACCGAUUUACAAGACCUGGGCAGUGAUGGAAUCUCUGGUUGACAAGAAGAAGGCUAGAAACAUUGGAAUCUCAAACUUCCGAGGAGUCCUCAUUUCCGAUUUGAUGACUUAUGCGCGGAUUCCUCCUGCGGUCCUGCAGGUCGAGAUGCAUCCGCUCCUCGUACAAGAGCAACUGAUUCAACUCUGUAAAGCCUACAAGAUCCACAUCACGGCCUACAGCUCUUUCGGGGGUCCGUCUUAUGGACCUCAACCCAAAAUUGGCUCUUUGUUCGAGGAAGAGCACAUUGUCGCGGCUGGUAAAGCUCACAAGAAGACUCCAGCGCAAGUCCUGCUCCGAUGGUCGACCCAACGAGACAUCGCCGUCAUCCCAAAGUCGAACCACUCAGAACGAUUGGCAGAGAAUCUCGCUUGCUGUGACUUUGACCUGACUGAGAAAGAAUUAAAAGACAUCACCGCCCUCGAUCAAGAUUUCAGGUUCAAUGAUCCCGGCAAGGUUGACCCUCGAAUGGCCAUCUGGUCAUAGGCGGCGAUCUUUGUGGUGUGCGUGGGCAUCAGCGAUGAAUGAUGGCCACCAUCUUGGUACAAGCCAAUG